AUACGAGAGAGAGCGAAUAUUGCUUUCACGGUAGUUUCUGAUGCCGUCUGUGUGAUAUGUGAGUCCCGUUUUAUCAGCACCUGAGGUCUGCAACGCUCUGCUGGAGGGGGCCACCAACAGCUCAGAUUGCCCUGCACCAUGAAACUCGCUGUAGUUCUGCUGCUCUGUGCCUGCUGUCUGCUUUUUCAACACAACUGUGAAGCCCAAGUUUCAUUUUUCUCAGUAGAUACAUCUCCGACACCCUCGGCCAGUAACUGCACGUGUGAACUCGGCCAUGGAAAGUGUGCUGAAAACGGUGACUGCAGGUGUGACCCAGGAUGGGGUGGACAGCGGUGUGAAGACUGUGUGCGAAUGCCCGGAUGUGUCCAUGGCACCUGCCACCAGCCCUGGCAGUGUACGUGCAUGGACGGGUGGGCAGGCCGAUUCUGUGAUAAAGAUAUUUACGUGUGCUCCAGAGAGCAGCCGUGUCAGAAUGGAGCUACUUGCGUCUUGAAUGACUCUGGGGAUUACAGCUGCUUGUGUCCCGAAGGCUUUCAUGGGCGGGACUGUGAGCUGAAAACAGGACCUUGCCAAAAGACCAAGUCCCCCUGCAAGAAUGGUGGUCUCUGCGAGGAUCUGGGUGGUUACGCUCCAGAACUGUCUUGUCGAUGCCUGGCCGGCUUCACGGGGCCCCGCUGCGAGACCAACAUGGACGACUGCCUGAUGCGCCCCUGUGCCAAUGGUGCCACCUGUUUGGAUGGCGUGAACCGUUUUUCCUGUCUGUGCCCUGCGGGUUUCACUGGCCGUUUCUGCACCAUCAACCUGGACGACUGCGCCGGCCAGCCCUGCCUCAACGGAGGACGCUGUAUAGACCGAGUCUCCACCUUCCAGUGCUUCUGCUCCCCAGGGUUCACUGGAAGAACUUGUGAGGUUCCCGUCUGGGAGUCAGGGCCUCAAGCCGUGUCUCCAUUCAGGAGCGAAGGAUACAGAGUCACGCUGAGCAAACCUGUCCCAGUCAACCGCUCCCAGGGGACCACUCCCAGCGGGGAUGAAAGACGCUCGUUCAAAAUCUCAGUGGUGACUCAGCAUGGGGCAGAAGGGCUGUCAGAGCUGCAGCUUAUCAUCCUGCUGGUGCUGGGGGCUAUGACUUUGGCCGUGGUGGCGCUAACAGCUGGCCUGGUGCUGCGUGGACACUGCCAGGACCGGUCGGCUCGCUGUCAGUGCAGACCGGCCCCAGCUCACCAUCGCCCAUUCCACCGAUGUAGGACAAACUCUGUGCCUGCGCAACAGGAAUGCAAGAUCAGCUUCCUCCAGUCCCCGGCUCCAGCUGAGCUAGAGAAGAAGAGGCUGAACACCGACAUUGUUUAGCCGCAGAGAUCGCGCAGCUGCUCUUGUUGAAGUAAAAGGCCACUUCUGACCUCUCAAAAGAUAAAGACGGAACUCAUGAAUCUGAGAGUCCGUCGCUGAAAGCAGGUGGCCAUUAAAGAACCCAUUUUUAUUUGAUCAAAGAUGCCACAAGUGAGGCAUGUACUGCUAAGGGAACAUUAAAUCAGAGUCAACAUGAAAACAGUAAUGCUCGUACCUGGUCAAGGAACUUAAGAUAAGAAAUGCUUGUCUGUGUAAUAUUAAAUCAGAAAUUAUGUAUUAUGCCUCUGAAAACCAUUUUGCUCUCACCAAGCAAU